AUGGCUGGAACUGCAAGUCUUUGCUUGGUGCUUAUACUUGUGAGCUCCGUGCCCAGCGCUAAAAUGUUCCAAUCCACAAUGAUGUUAGACAUGGCUGAAGUCUUGCUGGAAAAUUACUGCUUCCCGGAAAACCUGGCAGGUAUGAAGGAGGCCAUCCGGCAGGCUAAUCAGAGCGAGGAGAUCCUACACGUGAGUGAGCCACACACUCUGGCUGCCGUGCUGACGGCCGGGCUGCAGGGGGCUUUGAAUGAUCCCCGGCUACGAAUCUCCUACGAGCCCGGCACCUCUAUCCAGGAGCCGGCGCCUGUCCCUCCCCUCAGCCCCGGGAUGCACCUCCAGCUGGUGCAGAGCUCCGUCAAAUUUGAGAUCUUGGACAACAACGUAGGCUACUUGCGGAUUGACCACAUCAUCGAGGAGGAGAUGGUCAAAGAGCUUGGCCCCAUUUUGGUGGAGAGGAUUUGGGAUCACAUUGUGACCACCAAUGCACUCAUCCUGGAUCUGAGAUACAGCGAAAGCGGUAAAAUCUCUGGGGUCCCCUUUCUCAUCUCCUACUUCUGCCAGGCCGAUGAUCAAAUCCACAUCGACUCUGUCUAUGACCGGCCGUCCAAUUCCACCCAGGAGCUAUGGACGCUGCCCAGUGUCCUGGGGGAGAGGUAUAGCCAGGACAAGGACCUGUUGGUGCUGGUUAGCAGCUACACCCGAGGGGUAGCAGAGGAUGUGGCCUACAUUCUGAAGCACUUGGACCGGGCUCUUCUGGUGGGCGAAAGGACUGCAGGUGGCUCACUCAAUGUCCAGAAGUUCCGAAUUGGCACCUCAGAUUUCUUCAUCACUGUCCCCCUCUCAAGGUCCAUCAGUCCCAUCACUGGCCAAAGCUGGGAGGUGAAUGGAGUUUUCCCAGUGGUGCUGGUCAGCGCUGAUAGGGCACUAGAGAAAGCCACCUCUAUCCUAGCCGUCAGGAAGGCAGUGCCCAAUGUGAUUGCCAGGGUAUCAAAUCUACUGGGCAAUUACUAUGCCUUUGUGGAUCACGUCCCCGCCCUGCUGCGUCAAAUUUCCAAACUGACCCCCUCAGCAGUGAUUUCUGAGCAAGACCUGGCAGCCAAGCUCAACUGCGAGCUGCAGGCCAUCUGCGAGGAUCCCAGGUUAACCAUCAGAGUGAGCCCAGUGCCACCCCGAUCCAUGGUGCCCAGCCCUUCAGUGGACCCAGCCGGCGAUACCAGCUCCCUGUUACACCUACUGGGCUCCCUGUUCCAAGUGGAUGUCCUGGAAGGCAAUAUUGGUUACCUGAGAUUCGACCAGUUCCCAGGAGAUGCCCUGAUGCCUGCACUCAGCCCGCACCUGGACGCUAAGGUGUGGGCACCCCUGAGAGACACUGAUGCCACGAUUGUCGACCUUCGCUUCAACUCAGGUGGCCCUUCGGCCUCUAUCUCGCUGCUGCUGUCCCACUUCCAAGAGCCAGCACCACCCGUCCUCUUCUACACAGUGUAUAACCGGCUGAGCAAUACCAGCCAAGAGUUCUCAACCCUCCCAGCCCCAGAUGGGAGCCUGUAUGGCUUGGAGAGGGAUGUCUAUGUGCUGACCAGCCACCGGACUGCCUCUGCUGCUGAAGAGUUUGCCUACUUGAUGCAGUCCCUCAACCGGGCCACUGUAAUUGGAGAGAUCACAUCUGGGACCCUGCACCACUCCAGGUCCUUCCCAAUCGGAGAAACCAACCUAAUCAUCACCAUCCCAUUCCUCAAUUUCUUGGAUAACAAUGGCGAGUAUUGGUUGGGUGGUGGUGUGGUGCCUGAUGCCAUUGUGUUAGCAGAGGAGGCUCUUGAGAAGACCAAAGAGGUGAUGACCUUCCACGCCAAGCUCUUUGAGCUGGUCGAGGGGACGGCCGACCUGCUCAAUGCCCACUAUGCCAUGCCCGAGGUGGCAGCCCAGGUCAGCUCAGUGCUCCACGCCAAACGGCUGGCAGGGUGGUACCGCUCGGUGGUGGACAGUGAGUCAUUGGCCUCGCAGUUGACCAGUGACCUGAAGGAGGCAGCUGCUGACCACCGGCUCCAAGUGUUCUGCAGUGUGUCCGUGCCCGAGCCGCCGGAAGAGGCUCCCGAGAGUAUCCCGUCGCCCGAAGAGCUGGGCAGCAUACUCCGUGCCCUGUUCAAGGUAGAGGUGCUGCCCGGCAACGUGGGCUACCUGCGCUUUGACCUCAUGGCGGGGGCCGACACCAUCAGGGCCAUCGGGCCCCAGUUGCUGGAGCAAGUAUGGAACAAGCUGGUGGACACCGAGAGCCUGGUCAUUGACAUGAGGUACAACGUCGGUGGCUAUUCCACUGCCAUCCCCAUUCUGUGCUCUUACUUCUUCGCCCCUCAGCCUCUGCGCCACCUCUACACAGUGUUUGACCGGCCCUCCUCAACCAGCUCACAGAUAUGGACCAUGCCCAAGGUCUUGGGGCGAAGGUACUCCCCCAAGAAGGACAUCUACAUCUUAACCAGCCACAUCACAGGCUCAGCAGCAGAGACUUUCACCAGGGCCAUGAUGGAUUUGAAGAGGGCGACAGUUGUCGGGGAGCCAACCAUUGGCGGAGCCUUGUCAAUUGGCACCUACCGGAUAGCACACAGUGACCUCUACAUGGCCAUCCCCAACCAGGUGGUGCUCAGCAGCGUCUCUGGCCAGGUUUGGAGUGUUUCCGGGGCUGAGCCCCAUGUCCCCGUCCAAGCCAAUGAAGCCCUACAGGUAGCCCUCGGCAUUGUCCAACUCCGCGCCAAAAUCCCCUGGAUCAUCCGCACGGCCGGGGAGCUGGUGGCUGCCAACUACGCCUCGGCUGAAAGCGGGGCAUCAGUGGCUGAGCACCUUGCCCACACCCUCAGCCUGGACCAGUACAGCGGCAUCAACUCCGAGCUGGAGCUGGCUCAGAAACUGUCCAAGCACCUUCAGCAGUUGUCUGGCGACAAACACCUCAGGGUAGCGCACAUUCCAGAGAACCGAAAGGAUCACAUUCCCGGAGUGGUGCCAAUUCCGAUUCCUCCCCCUGAGAUGUUUGAGGACCUCAUCAAAUUUUCUUUCCAAAUAAAGGUGUUUGAUAACACUGUCGGCUACCUUCGAUUUGACAUGUUUAGUGAUCUCGAGCACAUCAACCGGGUGUCAGAUCUCAUGGUGCAACAUGUCUGGAAUAAGAUUGAAAACACUACUGCACUCAUCGUGGAUCUUAGGUAA